UAGCACACCUGUAUCCCUUGGAUAGAUACCUAGUAGUGCAAUUUGCUGGGUUGUAGGGUGGUUCUAUUUUUAAUUUUUUGAGGAACCUCCAUACUGUUUUCCAGAGUGGCUGCACCAGCUUGCAUUCCCAACACACUGACUUGAAUACCUUUGCUUUAUGCUAAGUCUUGAGUCUGGUAGUGUUAGCCCUCCAAGUUUGCUCCUCUUCAGUAUUGAGUUAGCUCUUCUCAGUCUUCUGCCUCUCUGUAUAAUCUUUAGAAUUAGUUUGUCAAAAUCCACGAAAUAACUUGCUAGGAUUUUCAUUGAGAUUGCAUUGAGUCUGUAGACCAAGUUGGAAAGAACUGACAUCUUAACAAUAUCGAGUCUCCCUGUUCAUGAACAUAUUUAUGAUUGAUUUCUUUUACAUUUAGUAGCUUUUAUUUUUUCUAUCAUCAGAUAUGCCAUUUUACCUUUGUGGUUUCUUACGUUAGAAAAUCUUUCCUCAUUCUGAGCUCACAUAAAUAUUCAUUUCUUUCCUUUUAAAAUGUGUUUUUAGGGCACCUGAGUGGCUCAGUUGGUAAGUAUCUGACUUCCACUCAGGUCAUAUCUCAUGGUUCAUGAGUUCAGGUCCCGCAUUGGGCAAGCUCGAGCCCUACCGCUAGUGAGUCCCACUUCUCUCUCUCCCUCCCCUUCUUUCUUUGCCUCUCGUGGGAUUCUCUCUCUCCCUCUCUCUGCCUCUUGCUCACUUGUGCCCUCUCUCUCUCUCAAAAAUUAAAAAAAAAAAUGUGUUUUUAAGCAUUUAAUUCUUCUACCCAUCUGGAUUUUAUUUUUGGUAUUUGGAAUGAGGUGACAGUCUAACCUUCUCCCCCUAAAUACAUAGUUAUUUUUCCCCCAAACCAUUUCCUAUCAAGAAUAGACAUGUACACAUAUAUAGUAAUCAGCCUUCCAGUUUGUUUUCUAACCCUUUUGUAGGAAAUUGUAUGCUUUCCCAAUUUUAGAUUAUGGUCAGGUAGGAAUAGUGGAGAAGUGAUCAAAUCUCGUAUGGCUGCACCUUGGGGGAGGCAUUACUAACCCCAUUUCCCUACUAGGCAUGUUGCUGGUACCAGAGUCAAACUCCUGAGAUGUGUACAAACCACCUCCAUCUCCCCACCCUUCCUCAGAGGUUCUCAUGUACCCCUUGGAAAGUACCCCUUGCUUCCCUUGAGCAUCACGACCAUAUUUAGUUACCACCAGGCUGUGAGGCUCCUGAAGAUGGAAUGUAUGAGUGUAUUGCUCCCUGGUUCUUUCCCUAGUACCUAGUUCACUGAAGGGCACAAAAAUCCGAAUGGACCAAUGAGCCACUAUUACCAGUAAGAAUGUGCCACAGCCCUCUGAUGCGGUUUGUGAUGAAAUAAAGGUUGGGAACAGCUGUAUAAGGUCUGUUUCAAAGGGCAUCACAUUCAUACAGUCACCCUACCUUCUCCAAACUUCUCAUGCUGAACAUGCUAAAGCUGCACAUGGCAAGCAUGAGAGGAGCUUUUCACGGGACUGCUGCCUGGCUCUUACCCCCGGAGAUGCAGUCUGCUAUGGGAAUUUUUUAAAGUUCUUUGGGUGAUUCUAAAGUGCAGUCAAGGUUGAGAAUCACGCUUUAAAAAGCCAGCAUGGAUUUCUGGUUCAUUCUUGUUCUGCUUGGCAGUAGUCUGAUACGUGUAGGUGCCAACAAUGCAACCACAGUUUCACCUUCAGUAAGUGUUACAAGAUCUAUGAAAACAUCAACAACAGCAUCAGUUAAAGAAGAGACCAAAACUUCAAGUCCUGCUUCUUCAGUAACUUCUCUGUCUGUGGCACCAACAUUCAGCCCAAAUCUAACACUGGGACCCACCUAUGUAACCACUGUCAAUUCUUCAGACUCUGACAAUGGGACCACAAGAACAGCAAGCACGGAUUCUGUAGUCACUACAAUUUCACCUAAUGGAACGUGGCUUCCAGAUAACCAGCUCACAGAUGCCAGCACAGAACCUUGGGAGGGGAACUCCAGCACCGCGGCAACCACCCCAGAAACUUUCCCUCCUUCAGGUAAUUCUGACUCGAAGGACAGAAGAGAUGAGACGCCAAUUAUUGCAGUGAUGGUAGCCCUGUCCUCUCUGCUCGUGAUCGUGUUUAUUAUCAUAGUUCUGUACAUGUUAAGGUUUAAGAAAUACAAGCAAGCUGGGAGCCAUUCCAAUUCUUUCCGCUUAUCCAAUGGCCGCACUGAGGAUGUGGAACCCCAGAGUGUGCCACUUCUGGCCAGGUCUCCAAGCACCAAUAGGAAGUAUCCACCCCUACCCGUGGACAAGCUGGAAGAGGAGAUUAACCGGAGAAUGGCUGAUGACAAUAAGCUCUUCAGAGAGGAAUUCAAUGCUCUCCCUGCUUGUCCUAUCCAAGCCACCUGUGAAGCUGCCUCCAAGGAGGAAAACAAGGAAAAAAAUCGAUACGUCAACAUCUUGCCUUAUGAUCAUUCUAGAGUCCAUCUGACACCAGUUGAAGGAGUUCCAGAUUCUGAUUACAUCAAUGCUUCAUUCAUCAAUGGCUACCAAGAAAAGAACAAAUUCAUUGCUGCACAAGGACCAAAAGAAGAAACAGUGAAUGAUUUCUGGAGGAUGAUCUGGGAACAAAACACAGCCACCAUUGUCAUGGUGACCAACCUGAAGGAGAGAAAGGAGUGUAAGUGUGCCCAGUACUGGCCAGACCAAGGCUGCUGGACCUAUGGGAAUAUCCGAGUGUCAGUAGAGGAUGUGACCGUCCUGGUGGACUACACAGUGCGAAAGUUCUGCAUUCAGCAGGUGGGCGACAUGACCAACAGGAAGCCACAGCGCCUCAUCACUCAGUUCCACUUUACCAGCUGGCCAGACUUUGGGGUGCCUUUCACCCCGAUCGGCAUGCUCAAGUUCCUCAAGAAGGUGAAAGCCUGUAACCCUCAGUAUGCAGGGGCCAUCGUGGUCCACUGCAGUGCGGGUGUAGGGCGUACAGGUACCUUUGUUGUCAUUGAUGCCAUGCUGGACAUGAUGCAUACAGAGCGGAAAGUGGACGUGUAUGGCUUCGUGAGCCGGAUCCGGGCACAGCGCUGCCAGAUGGUGCAAACAGAUAUGCAGUAUGUCUUCAUAUACCAAGCCCUUCUGGAGCAUUAUCUGUACGGAGAUACAGAACUAGAGGUGACCUCUCUAGAAACACAUCUGCAGAAAAUUUACAACAAAAUCCCAGGGACCAGCAACAAUGGAUUAGAGGAGGAGUUUAAGAAAUUAACAUCAAUCAAAAUCCAGAAUGACAAGAUGCGGACUGGAAACCUUCCAGCCAACAUGAAGAAGAACCGGGUUUUACAGAUCAUUCCAUAUGAAUUCAACAGGGUGAUCAUUCCAGUUAAGAGGGGUGAGGAGAACACCGACUACGUGAAUGCAUCCUUCAUUGAUGGCUACCGACAGAAGGACUCCUACAUCGCCAGCCAGGGCCCUCUUCUCCACACCAUUGAGGACUUCUGGCGGAUGAUCUGGGAGUGGAAAUCCUGCUCUAUCGUGAUGCUAACAGAACUGGAGGAGAGAGGCCAGGAGAAAUGUGCCCAGUACUGGCCCUCGGAUGGAGUAGUGUCCUAUGGAGACAUCACAGUAGAGCUGAAGAAGGAGGAGGAAUGUGAGAGCUACACCGUCCGAGACCUCCUAGUUACCAACACCAGGGAGAACAAGAGCCGGCAGAUCCGGCAGUUCCACUUCCAUGGCUGGCCCGAAGUGGGCAUCCCCAGCGACGGAAAGGGCAUGAUCAGCAUCAUCGCAGCCGUGCAGAAGCAGCAGCAGCAGUCAGGGAACCACCCCAUCACUGUGCACUGCAGCGCAGGGGCAGGACGGACGGGGACCUUCUGUGCCCUAAGCACAGUCCUGGAACGGGUGAAAGCAGAGGGGAUUUUGGACGUCUUCCAGACCGUCAAGAGCCUGCGGCUACAGAGGCCACACAUGGUCCAGACACUGGAACAGUAUGAGUUCUGCUACAAGGUGGUGCAGGAAUAUAUUGACGCAUUUUCAGACUAUGCCAACUUCAAGUAAGAGGCGAUGAGACCCGGUGGACAGGAAAAUUGCCUUUAAUAUUUUGUAAUAUUCUGUUUUGUUAAUAUACCCAAAAUUGUGUAUAUAUCUUAUAACUGUUUUAGAAAUUGGUACAUAGGCUUCUAUUACCUAUCAGGUGGAGAUUUUAUAUGUAAAUGUGUUAGCACUGAUAGUCCUUUUUCCAAUGUUUUAUUGGGGAAUUAAAUAGUGUGAUGUUUGGAUUGA